AUGGCUGGCAGGAAACGCGCAGCAUCGCCCUCGGCCUCGCGCUCGCCUUCGCCCAGCGCAGAGAAGCAACCUCGCUUCCACUUCCCCUCCGUCCGCCGCAACGAACCCCUCAUCGACUCAUACACCUACCACUCGGUCGACGCAGAGCGUGAACAGGCGGAGGGACAGGCUGGUGCGGGCGAGGACGCGAACGAGGUGGAGGAGAAGCGGGACGUCGAGGGCGAGUGGAUGCUGGGCGUCGACGAGGCAGGUCGAGGACCGGCGCUCGGUCCGCAAGUAUACGGCAUCGCGUUCUGCCAGCUCUCGUACGAGUCGACGCUGAAGGAGAUGGGUUUUGCCGAUUCGAAGACCCUGACCGACCCGCUGCGAGAAGAGCUCUUCAAAGACAUCCUAGAGCACAAUGACGACGUCAAGUAUGCGGUGACAGUCAUGAGCCCGAACGACAUCUCGAUGGGCAUGCUCAGGAAGGUGCCGUACAACCUCAACGCGCAGAGUCACGACGUCACGAUCAACCUGAUUCGCGAGGUUGUCGAACGAGGGUACAAGGUCAAGCAGUGCUUCGUCGACACCGUCGGACCCGCAGCCGACUACCAAGCCAAACUCUCCUCCUUCUUCCCCACCAUCAACUUCACCGUCACCUCGAAAGCCGACGCCCUCUUCCCCAUCGUCAGUGCCGCCUCGAUCGUGGCAAAGGUCACGCGUGACCGGAUACUUGAGGAGUGGUGUUUUGCGGAACCGGGGUUGGGAGGGACGGGAGAGGGAGAGGAUGGAGAGGGAGAUGCGGUGAGGGUAUUCGGCAGUGGGUACCCGAGCGACCCAAAGACCGUCGCCUGGCUGCAAGACAACUUCAGCCCGAUCUUUGGCUUCCCCAACGUCGCGCGUUUCAGCUGGGCGCCCGUCAAGAACGCGUUGCUCAAGAAGGGCGCGGCGUCGAAGUGGGACGACGAGCCUGCGAGCAUCCAGAAGUACUUCACGGGCAAGCCGGCAGGUCCGGAACAGGCGCCGCUGUGGAAGGACUUCAACCUCCUCUCGGUCGGCGAGUUCUGA